AUGAAUUUCUUAGAUGGACAUAAUGAAUUACCAUACAAUAAACAGAUUGAGUUGGAUAGUAUUCUUUGUUUGGUAGGAGCUGGAUGUUCCAUAGUGGCUGGGGGUGUACUAUUUGCCCAUUACUUUUGCUGUUCAUAUUCUAAUAUUCUUCGAAGUGCAUUUAAUGACGUGUUUGUUGCUGUUGUAGUGGUUCAGGUUUUGCAAGCAUUGCAACUCUUUAUUUUUGCAUUAAUGACCAUCAUUCGUGGUCAUCAUUCAGUACCGAUUGAAUAUCAUGACCUCAAUAUUAAUAAUAUUAAUAAUAAUAAUAAUAAUAAUAAUAAUAAUAAUAAUAAUAAUAAUAAUAGUAACAACACGCACUUAACAACGUACGGAAUGACGUAUACUAUGUGUAAUGUAAAUGCCUCUUUACAUCAAUUCUUAGAUGCGGCAACACAAGUUCUACAAACAGCGUUUUUUUUAGUAUUGGCGAAUACCCGUCGACUGACUUCACUGGAGGAAUUAGAGAUUACAGAUGAGGAUACGAUUAUUCGUACUGGUGGUGAGAGAAAUCGUGGAACUUUUUUUAUUGAGGAGGAACAUGGUUAUAGUAGUAGUGGGCGUAGUUCAGCCUCUGUCGCUACUCGUCCCUACAAUGCUGCCCAUCCCACCAAUCGCGAGUACAAUAGUGGAGAAGAAGAAAAUGAUAAUGAUAAUAAUGAUAAUAAUGAUAAUGGUGAAUCCUUUUGCUUUCGUGUAUUUCUUAAACCCAUGAAAAGACGAUGUAAAUGUGUUUUAUGUUGCCGUAAACAUCGAAUGAAUACUUCGGCUGCGGCUGCGGUGUCAUCCACACCACUGCAGGGAUCAUUAGUCUUUCGCCGUGAAGAUCCCGCAGGUGUAGUGACAACCCCAUCCGCCUCUGCAGCCUCAGGAGGAGAGGAAGGAGGAGGACAAGGGAGACAUACACUGUGGCGAAUUACGUGGAAGAUUUAUCUCACCGCUAUUCUUUAUGCCUCUCUCACUCUUUUAGUGUGUUGGAUUGUAUUGAUAUUUGUACCAGAUUUUACAGUGAUUUCAUCAGAGAGUGAAUAUGCACAGGCGUCGUCAUCUCGAAGUAUUUCUAAUACACUUUUCUUUUCUCAGGAACUUGCAUGGUGUUGGAUUCCAAAUAGUUAUAAUUUAGCGCCUGAUGUAUCCUCUUUACAUAAGUUGUGUUUAGUGUUACUACAAGUGGCUGCAGCUUAUGCAUCACCAGUAGUCUUUUUUUUUAGUGCCACUUACGCUUAUAUUGCAUUACGAAGAUGUUCUCCUUCAUUGCUGCGAGAUCAUCCUAUUGUAUUAUGGCGUAUUUCUGUAUUUUGUGUAUAUCCAACGUUGGUGUAUCUUCUUGGUGCAGUAGACCGUUUUGCCCUUCACCCCAAACCAUCAUCAUCAUCAUUAUUAAUAGAAACAGCAUUGUAUUCAGAUAAUUCAGUGAGCAUGGCACAUAUGGUGUUGUCAGCGGUGAUUUCUUUCAUGUAUCCCUUUACCGCUGUAGUGAAUGUUGUGCUUUUUCUGUAUACAGAGGAACUUUUAAGUGGAAUCUUUGAGAAAUGCCACACUAAACGACAACAAUGGCCGUGUUGUUGUUGUUUGUGUUGUUGUUAUUGCUGUUGUUGUUGUGGUAUGAAUGAUUCUGAAAAUAGUACAGGAGAUGAUCGUUUUGACUGUAGUAGUGAUAUUUUGCAAGAACGACUUACUUCUGAUGGCGGUGAUGAUAAUAAUGUGAUGGCAACAACAGGCUUUUGUGGUAUUGUGAAAGCUAUUGCCUGUUCUACCGUAACGGGGCUACCACCGGCCGCACCUCCAGUCCAUUGUGCUCCCACGACCAUAUUAGUAGGGCGGAUUGAGAAUGGGUCAUAA